UUUGCUCAAUAUUUUUGCGGGAAAAGUUAAGCAUCAGGUGUCAGCGUUCUUGUUGAUUCAAGCGCAGAACUGCAAAAUGGUCCGAACGCGAGCCUCGAACGCAGCAAGCAAAGCUGUUGCUGCUAAGGCGCCUAGGAAGGUAGCGCCGGCACCAGCGCCUGCAAAGAAAAGUAAAAGCAAAGGUUCAAAAAGUGGCAGUGGUAGACUUCCUCCAAUAACAAAACAACCAAUACCUGGUUGGCAGCGAAGUGUAGGUACUUUUUUCAAAAGUGACGAGCCAUCCUCUUCAAAGGAUGUAGAUCCUGCAACUGAGGAAAUGAUGGAUGAAAAUGCAGCAAAUGGGAGUGAGCAUUCUGAAGAAGAAACUGAUAGAACAGAGGAGAGGUCACAAGCAGAAAAUGAAGAGGAAGAAGCAGAAAAUGGAAAAGACGAAGAGAAGGAAGCAGAGAAUGGAAAAGAUGAUGAGGAAGACGAUUAAUGCCAUGAAUUUUGGGAGUGGAUUACACUUCCCAAGAGACCAACCUAAUGACGAAGACUGUUAGUUUUAUUGCAGAAGAAUUAAUUAGAAAUCAUUUUAAUUAUAUAUCAAUAUUAUUUUUGUAUUUUGAGAAAGAAUUACGUUCUGAUGUAUGGUAUCCAGAGUACAGUAUCAAUUUGUGUAGAUUUAUAAUGAAGUAACUGAUAGUACCUGGCAAGACAUUUUUUGCUUUUAGAACCAACUGUAAUGGUACCUGUGCCCAUCAACCCCCCCUCCCCCCUCCUCUUUUUCUCUCCACACACCCCCCCUCAUCGCCUCUCAUGUUUAGUUAAAUUGUACAUCACUAUUUCAUUGUUCAUUUGUGUAAUCAUGGGUAUAUUGCAAUAAAGUAUUAAUUUUAUUUACUUUUGAAUUGUAAUUAGGUAAGGUAUUUUUUCAUUUUUUUUAUGGCUUUGUAACUGCAUGUGGAUUAUGAUGCAUGUUUCUCACUUAAACAUAGUCUUAGCAUAUGCAAUACAAAAUUGUUCUGGCUAGAACAAGUCCA